AUGUCACUUCGAUCGAGACCCUUGUCCUAUCGGCAUUUCAAUGUCUCCUUCCCGCAUGAACGCGUGGUGCAGGUCACUCUAAAUCGGCCAGAGAAACUUAACUCCAUCAACAAGGAGACUAGUGCCGAGAUCGCAGAGAUCUGGAACUUGUUCGAUCAAGAUGAGAGUCUAUGGGUGGGAAUCAUUACUGGCCAUGGCCGAGCCUUUUGUACCGGUGCCGAUCUUGGCGAAUGGAAUGCAAUGGUCAAGGCAGGUGUAGUCAAUGAUAUGUCACCACCCGGUCUCGCCGGUCUCCCACGUCGCAAUGGCAAGAAGCCGAUUAUCGCCGCGGUGAACGGCAUCUGUAUGGGCGGCGGCUUCGAGAUGGUGGCGAAUUGCGAUCUGGUUAUCGCAUCCGCAUCCGCCGUUUUCUCGCUGCCUGAAGUGAAACGGGGCAUUGUCCCCGUCGCAGGUUGUCUGCCGCGGCUCACUCGGACCAUCGGUCUCCAGCGGACCAUGGAUCUCGUCUUGACCGGACGCACAGUGCCAGCCAAGACACUUUACGACUACGGUCUGGUCACCCAGAUUGUGGAUGCCGACAAGGACGUUGCGCAAGCUGCAGUGCAGCUCGCGGAGGAAAUGUGUAAGAACAGUCCGGAUGCGCUCAUUGUGGGUCGUCUCGGGGUUCGGCUAAGCUGGGAAGCUGGCAGCGCAGAGGACGCCGUUACGAGUCUGGCGGAUCAGUGGUAUCCACGAUUGUAUGCCGGUGCCAACUUUGCCGAAGGAAUUCGGGCGUUUGUGGAGAAGCGCCCGCCGAAUUGGAUUGAUUCCAAGCUCUGA